AUGAAUUUAAGUCUAAUAUCUGGAGAAUAAAGUUCAGAUGAUAGUGAUGAUUCACCUGAGUAAAUUUAAAUACACAGGGAAAGAAAACACCUGUCAGAAAUUGAUGUACUUAUUGCUACAUUAUAAAUUGAACCUAAAAAAAGAACUUGGCAACAAUUAAAGUUUCUUUGUGAUACUCUCGAAUCAAAUGUCCAUUAUUUUUCAUAAUUACGUAACAAGCUUACUACUUAAAUCCUUAUUAAACUAAUGGCUACAAUUUCACUAGAAUAAUUUACUACAUUUAAUGUAGUGUUUAAUUAGGGAGAGACUGGGAGAAAGAUGUAUAUCAUAUUAAAAGGGGAAGUGGCUGUGCUUAUAAAGACAGAUGAUCAAAAUGAAACAGUUCUAAAAGAGGAUAAUAAAAGAAGACGGGGCACAAGGACAUUCGAUGAAUUGAUUAUGCAUAGAUUUUCAAACUAUAGGGUUGUAGCCUAUAAAAAAUAAUAUGACUAUUUUGGUGAAAUAGCAAUUGAGCAAAGGAUUCCUCGCACAGCUACUGUAAUUGCCAAAGAGCCUUGUACUUUGGCAAUAAUAACUUUUGAUGCAUAUUAAUCAUUACUGAGCGAAUUAUAGGCAGAUAAUUUGUAAUUAAGACAAGUGGUGAUAGCUCGAAUGUAUCCCUUUAGUAUUUUGAAUGAAUAACAGUUUUAACAGAUCUUACACAAUUAUGAAGAACUCAAUAUACAAGGCGGUUGUUUGUUAUAUAGAGAACAAUAGAAUGCAGAUGCAUUAUAUUUAGUUAUAAAGGGAGAAGUGUUGGUUCAGAUUAAAGAAUUAGUUGACAAUGCAGCUGCUUAGAUUCAAGAACAAAAGUACUUUGUAAAUUUCUAAAAGUAACAGAGAAUCAAAAAUAUUGGUCUAUUUGGAAUAGGACAAAUUGUUGGUGAUUAUGAAUUGUAUUUAAAUAAGAAAUACAAACAUAAGUUGAUAAGAAGAACAAUUUCAAUAGUUAAAAGUGAUUCUAAAAUAAUUAGGAUUCCAAUUAAAUAAUUUUUAGAUGUAAUAGAACAUGGAUUAUCAGCAAAAUGGUUGUUGCGUUAUUUGAAUGAGAAGUAUGAAUAGAAGGAAUAGUUACCAAUAUUGUAAUUGAAGGAUGAGUAGGAGAAUAGGAAAGUACAAUCAUUCAUAUCACCUCAAUUCAAAAAAAUGAUACUUAGAUUGAAGAGACAUCAUGAUCAUAAUAAAAUCUCAAGUGAUCGGUACUAAUAGGUCAAUUACAAAUAAACUUUGGAAUAUGAUAACAAUGAGUAAUAAUUUACUGGAUUAAAGAAGGAAAUCAAUUAUUAAGAUAAAUCAGUGCUUAAAUACCUUGCAAAGGAUUAAGUGUUACAUAAGAGAAAGAGUAAUACUUUGACUGGAUUUAGUAUUGAGAAGUUUGCUUCAACUUUAAAAUCAAGAGUUAGGGUUACUAAAUUGUUAACUCAAAUAGAUGAAGAAUCAACUUGUUAUAGGUUUCAUUCUACUCCAACUAAAACAAAUGGAUUUUCAUUUAAACAGGCAAAAACUCUUACUAAUAUUCAAUCUCCAUAAUAUAAAUUCAACUAAACAUUCAAAUUGAAUUGA